GAUGCAAUAAGGUUCACGUACUAUCACUGAAUAUGCUCGUUCCUUUCGCUCCCUUUGUAAUCAACUUAGUGCUAUUGGCAAAGCUGUUGAUGACACUGAUAAGGUAUACUGGUUUCUUCGUGGUCUUGGAUCAGAUUAUAAAAUAUUUUCAAAUUCAAUAUUGUCACAAUUGUUGAUGCCUUCCUUUGCCAAUUUGAUACCACAAGCUCUCAGCUAUGAGCUUUUCUCUCGGUCUCUUUAUGGUGAUUUAUCUUCUCCGUCAGCUUUUGUUGCACACCAAGGUUCUUCUUUCAGUGAUGCUUCUGGUCGCCCAAAAUCUACCAUCUAUUCAUCCGUUUCUAGAAAUUUUUCUAGAUCUUCAGUUGUUACCUAUCAGUGGUGUAAUAAAGAGAGACAUACUGCUAAGAAGUGUCACAAAUUUAAUAGGUUAUUAAAAAAGGCCAAAGGAGAUGGCUUACUUAAGGCUUUUGCUGCUACUUCCAUUGAUCCAUCUACUACUUCUAAAUGGUAUACUGAUAUUGGAGCUACUUCGCAUAUGAUAAAUGAUGUUAAUGCACUUGAUAAUUAUGUUCCUUGUACUGGACCUAACAACAAGAAAGGUGAUGGGAGCAGGUCGAUGUAAGAACAGGCUUUAUGUUCUUGAUCGUGGCCACGCAACUUUUUUAUCUAGUCUUUCUACAUGUAAUCUUCAUGCUUCAUCCAUUAUUUAGCAUGCAUGACUAGGGCAUCCCUCUUUUUGGUGUUGUUUCCUCUUUAAAUAAACAUGGUUCUAUUUCAGUUUCUGAUAAUCAAUCAAUUGAUUCGAAACCUUGUUUUGGUUGUCAACUAGGCAAAAGUCAUCAUUUACCAUUCUCUAACUUGGAUCAACGAUGUAAUUCUUUAUUUGAACGGAUACAUUGUGAUUU